AUGCAUACCCAAGUAAAAGACCAGAGGCAGGCAAACGGAGGACAUGAGAGGAAUUUGGACACACCUCAAUGCUUCUGUCAAUUAGACGCUUCGCCUGCAUACUCUGAAGAGUUUGAUUUACUGUACGAAUGUCAUUGGAUGCAUCACAACUUUGAAGACAGUAGAAGUGAAGAACCAAGCGAAGAACUAACCGGUGAUAAUGACACUAAGAACACGGAACAAGCACCAGAGAAUGAGUCUCUAAUAACAGGGAACGAAAGUUCUGACAUAAAUACCAAGUCAAGUAAAAAUGAUUACGUUUGUGGCUUCCAUGUUCACAAAGAUGCCUGGGACAGUUUCUUGGAGGGCAAGAUUGAUCCCAAACAUCCCGAGCUCAGUGUAUGCCCAUACUUCAACUAUACCUUCUGCGUAUUCUUUAACACGAAGAACAUCUACAAAAUCUCUUUUCCUCCAGCACCGAAAUGUCACUGUGGAAUCCCUGUUACGAUCCGAUAUUCUCAUAACCGUGAGAAGUAUAUAUUUGGCUGUGAAUAUUAUCCGAUCACCGGAGCAAAACCAAAAUGUGAUUGGUAUGCCUGGGCAAAAACUGUAGCGUUUCCGAAACCUGUAGAUAGCAUUCAUCCAUUGACAGAGCAGAUUCCGGACAAUGUAUUAGAAUCAAUAAACGCUGAACAUAGCUCUUUCGAUGAAAGUUUCACCAAGAAGACCGAAUUAGCAGACGAGACAUAUAGUAUAGAUCAGAUUGAGAAUCAUACGUUACUGAGAGAAAGAGGGCGACUGGACAAAAUUCGGAAUAAAGGAAGAACAAAUUCAUAUCGCCUAGACUCACGUCGCGAUCCUCCACGAAAGUUAUAUAACGGUUAUUCUUACAAUAAGUCGGAGUUGACGCACCGACAUUCAAAUACAAAUGGGAAACGUUCCAGAUCUAAUAACGGCUUCGAUCACUCUUACACAAGAGAGAAACAUGACAGCUCUAAAUUUGCCAGCCGUGGACGCUCUACGUUUGAUAAAUCAACUAAGCAAUCACAGCCUUCAACAAGGCUCUCCGAUACUAUUAGUGAAAAUGGAUGGGGUCCGCAAAAUCGGCGGUGCUUAGAAACUGGGUUGGACGCCGGGAUAUUAUGGGAUAACGGAAUACAAGCUCCAAUUAGAUCAAACACAAAUAAUGCGAAUCGCAACACACAGCUCGGUAGCAAUUCUACGCGGCAUCCUCACAAAGAAGAACAACGUAGAAAGAAGCGUCCAGAUGAUGAUGCAAUGGAAGAUGAAGCCAUGGAAUCCCGUAGGAAGGCGAUGGUACAUAAAGAAUUGAAUACGGCGGGGGGCCCCUGCCGGAAUGAUAAAGAUUCGAUAGAGGAUGACCAACACCAACAGAACACAAGAGACAAACCCAAUGUCGGUCAUGGGUAUGAACGAGAUACAAUCUCUGAAUCGAUAUUCACGGAAAAGCCUCGUCCCGAUUCGCAUGCCUUUAUCUUUCCUGUAAACACUUAUGCCAAAGUUAAACCGCUCAGGAUCUCAAUUCCGUUGUCGCCGAUAUCGAGCACACCAGACUCCGCAUCGAAUACGACUUAUUCGAAUUUGACAUAUUAUUGUGUAAUGAACCAGUUUUCACAAACACGUCCCUGUUUUGCUUACGAGCAGCAUAACAUUAUUUCGGGUGCAUCUAUAGACUCUAAACAUCAGCAAUUGCUUGUUUUGGACGAUGAAAUUAAAUGUUUAGAAAAUAAAAUAUCAAGCAUGCAGUUUGAGAACGCACGUCAGAAAAGAUUGCAAGAGAAUGAAAUGGAAAAAGAAACAAGAUUACGACUAUCAUGCCAGAAGAAAAUUAUUGAAUUAGGCGACUUGGUGGCAGAGCAAAAAGCGAAGAUACAGGAGUUAACAAAGGAGAUGGAGAACGAUAAAAAAGAAAAAGCAACGACGAGCAUGAAAUGUCGCGUGUGUUUUGAGGAGACUAUAACGCAUGCAGUUGUGCCAUGUUAUCAUUUAGUCAUGUGUGCUAGAUGUGUGCAUGCUGUGGAAAGAUGCUGUGUAUGUAGAAGGGAAAAAGAAGAUGUUGUGAGAAUUUACUUUGGAUAG